CACUGAUUGAAUCUUGAAUCUUCCUCCACAAUCACCACCAUGGUAAACCUCGCCCAGCGGCUCAGCACCGGCAUCGGCUUCACCUCCGAAGCGAUCCACGCGAUGCGCGACAGGAAGAAAACCGCCUCUCAACCGUCUGUUUCGCCGCUACCAAGCUAUUCCGAAGUCACAUAUGAAACCACCGACAAAGCUGUCUAUAACAGUCGCCCGCCGUCAUACCACACGGUCGAUGAGCGCGAUGAGGCGGCGAGCUAUGAUUCAUAUGAUGAGAAUGAGGCUGCGUGGGAGCUCGAUGAGAUGGGCGAGAGCAUGCGACCGGAAAAUGAAUCGGAUGCUUUAACACCGACGGCUGCCACUACCUCCGCAUUCGACUUGGAGUCAGUAAAUGGGGAUCCGACGCUCGCGUUGGUACAGAUGGCGGGCUUAAUGCCAAACCCAGUGCCGAAGCUGCCUGUCCCAGUCAUUAUCCCGCAGCGACGACCAGGAAACAAGGACCGGGGCUUUGUGCGUGCAUAUGCGCCUGUAUUGGAGGAGAGCGGGAUCGGUCCGGAUGUGUUUAUGCAGUUCCUAGACACUCUUGACCAGCAAAACAAGGCCUCUCAAAAUGUCGACGUGGUUAACGUCGCCACAAACAUGGUCGGCUCCCUCCCCGAGGCGGCUUUUCACGUUACCAACAAUGUUCUGUCAGUCGCAGCGGGCGCCGCGUGCGAGGUCCAGACGCACAAGACGAACAGCUUCCUCAACAGGGUGAAUCGUGAUCUGUUUAUGCCACGGGGCCUAUUCGCAAUGGUCAUGUCCUUCAGAGACGACACUUCGGCCACAGAUGGCCUCGUGAGGAUUAGGAAGCAGAACAUCAACCACAUCGCUGCCAGAUACAGCCACCUGGAUCCAGCCUCGUCCAGGCACAAGCAGGGCCUGCGCAGAUUGCGUUCGACAAGUAGCCAAACAGGCGGCCGGCUUGAGUUGCCAGAGUCAGCGCCUUUAGUAUUUCCGCAUCUAGACCGCGCCGCUGCCCAGGCUACCACCGGCGAUACAACAUUGACCAAACUCAAGGGUGCAAGCGCAUGGGUGACGGACUAUUUUGACCGUAAGGCGCAGGCAGAAUUUGAAGCGGCGCAUUUUGGCUCUGCACUUGCGGUCCCCGAGGCAGAGCGCGAAGGCUUCAAGUCCCGCUAUAAUGACCCAGAGCACCCAGCCAACAGCGGCUCCCUGGCCUCGCUGGUUACAGGCGGCAAAAUCGAUACAAACGUGUGGCGUGCGCGAAAGGCGUCAAUCCGACGGAAGAAAUACCAGCUGAUUGGCUUGGAACCCCCGAACUGCAAGGGCGCCUUUGGGCCAAUCCACAGUGCUAUCAACGUGGGAAGGGCUGUCAAGGAGCGAAAAAACAGGCAGAAGUCGGGCAUAACAGCGAUAGCAGGAAAUCCAAACGUCAAGACCUUCAAUAAGGACGUCCUGUACCUGCUGAUCAUGAAUCUGCCGAGCCAGGAGGAAGUGGAAGAUUCCACCGCGCAGCUCGAAAAGGCGAUGUGGGAUCUUGAGCAGGCGCUGGGACAGCAGGCAGACCACAAGGAUGCGAUCUCAGGGCCAAAGCUGACACUGAGAGAGCAGGCGCUGCUAGAGGACUCGGACGAGGAGAAUGAGGUGGCUUCUUCUGAGAAGCCUGCAUACAGCCAUAAAGAUGGAUACAAUUCAUCUGGCUGUGAUGAGAAGACGUUCGAUAAGGAGGAUGCAGCUUAUGAUAUGGUGCCAGCAUAUGACGAGAAGCCUCCACAUAAUACAUUUGAAUGUGACGAGCAGGGGUUCAAUGGGGAUGCGGCUUAUGAUAUCAAACCGGCAUUGGACGAGAAGCCUAUCCCUGAGAAUGAAUCGCUCGAUUAUGAUAAAAGGCAAGCAUACGACUAUGAGCAGGUUGAAUACCAUCAUCAUGCACUGGAAUACGACCUCCAAAAGAGCAAAUUAUCAAUAAGAAAUAUUUGACCGUGUGGGAUAUUGAGUACUAAUCUUAC